AUGUCUGCUUGCAACAAUGUGAUCAUCUUUGGCCCAACCGGCAGCGUGGGCGCGGCUGCCGCUCUUCAAGCGCACAGAGAAGGCGCCAAAAUCACCCUUGCCAUGCGGGACACCACAAAGCCCAUACCCAGUCUGAGCGGCAUCUCUGCAGACAAGAUUGAAGCCGAUCUCACUAAGCCAGAGACCGUCAAGUCAGCGGUUCGCCAAAGCGGUGCAAAGAUCGCCUUCAUCUAUGCCAUUUUUGGAACAUCUGACCAUAUGCGGGCCAGUAUUGUGGCUCUCAAACAAGCCGGUAUUGAGACUCCUGUGUUGCUGAGUAGUUAUUCAAUUCAGAGUGAUAUCUACUCCGUAUCGCCAAACGACUACGUGCCGUGGGUGCAUGCGCAAGUGGAGAUCUGCCUUGAAGAGGUGUUCGGAAAAGCCGGCUAUGUCUCUGUAAGGCCAGCUUACUUCGCGAGCAAUACGCUGUGGUUCCAAGCAGGCAUCCAGGCGGGUGAAGUCCGACAUGCCAACCCUGAAGCCGAGUACGACUGGAUCUCCCCUGAGGAUAUCGGCCGCGUCUGUGGAUCUAUUCUGGCACAGGGCCCCCGGCAGUCUACGGUCUGGUUGCUGGCGCCGCAGAGGAUUUCACUGAGAGCCGCUAUUGGUCUGAUUGGGGGAACCAUUGGGAAGGAGAUCAAGGUGACCAAGAUCCCGGCUCAGGAGGCGUUGGCAGCGUUUCAACAAAACGGUACCCCGGAAGAGGUUGCCAAGUGGAUCGUCCGUUAUAUCACUAAAGAUGCCGGUUAUGAAUUCAGAUCGCAUGUGUACGAGGAAGCGGUUGCUACUCUCCUGACGUAUACGCAGAAUACCCCAGUGACACUCCAGCAAUGGUUGGAAGAGAACACUCACCAAUUCGAGGCGUAG